GCAGUGGGCGGUCUUUGCUGGGAUAAGGGGACGAGUGCGGGCUACUGUCGUUGGGGAGCAAGAAAUUAUUUAUAGAGUAAGUAUGCUAAUAUUGAAUAAGACAGUGGGAGUUUUUUCUAAACAGUCAAAAAGGAACGUUUAUGAAUUUUUAAGAAGUUUUAAUAUUUAUCCCGGACCACCAUUUCUUCAUAAACUAGUAUUGGGAAUUGAAACUAGUUGUGAUGAUACAGCAGCUGCUGUGGUGGAUGAAACUGGAAAUGUUCUGGGAGAAGCAAUACAUCACCAAACUGAAGUUCAUUUAAAAGGGAGAGAGUUUCACAUGGUGUUGCCCCAGGCUAGAGUGCCAUGGUGUCAGUUAAGCUCACAGAAACCUCAAGUGAUCCUCCUGUCUCAGCCUCUCAAGUGGCUGGGACUACAGGCAUCUGCCACCAUGCACAGAACAGGUGGGAUUAUUCCUCCAGUUGCUCAACAGCUUCACAGAGAAAAUAUUCAACGAAUAGUGCAAGAAGCCCUUUCUGCCAGUAGAAUCUCUCCAAGUGAACUUUCAGCAAUUGCAACUACUAUAAAGCCAGGACUUGCUUUAAGCUUGGGGGUAGGCUUAUCAUUUAGCUUACAGCUAGUAGACCAGUUUAAAAAGCCAUUCAUUCCCAUUCAUCAUAUGGAGGCUCAUGCCCUUACUGUUAGGUUGACCAAUAAAGUAGAAUUUCCAUUUUUAGUUCUUUUGAUUUCUGGAGGUCACUGUCUACUGGCAUUAGCUCAAGGGGUUUCAGAUUUUCUGCUUCUUGGGAAGUCUCUGGAUAUGGCACCAGGUGACAUGCUUGACAAGGUGGCAAGAAGACUUUCUUUAAUAAAACAUCCAGAGUGCACUACCAUGAGUGGUGGGAAAGCUAUAGAACAUUUGGCCAAACAAGGAAAUAGAUUUCAUUUUGAUAUCCAACCACCCAUGCAACGUGCUAAAAAUUGUGAUUUUUCUUUUUCUGGACUUCAACAUGUUAUCAAUAAAAUAAUAACACAAAAGGAAAAAGAGGAAGAUAUUGAGAAGGGGCAAAUCCUGUCUUCAGCUUCAGACAUUGCUGCCGCAGUACAGCAUGCAACAGCAUGCCACAUUGCAAAAAGAACACAUCGAGCUAUUCUGUUCUGUAAGCAGAGAGAGUUGUUAUCUCAAAGUAAUGCAGUACUGGUUGUAUCUGGAGGUGUUGCAAGUAAUUCGUAUAUCCGCAAAGCUCUGGAGAUCGUAACCAGUGAGACACAGUGCACUUUGUUGUGUCCUCCUCCCAGACUGUGCACUGAUAAUGGCGUUAUGAUUGCAUGGAACGGUAUUGAAAGAUUACGUGCUGGCUUGGGCAUCUUACACAACACAGAAGGCAUCCGCUAUGAACCAAAAUGUCCUCUUGGAGUAGAUAUAUCAAAAGAAGUUGGAGAAGCUGCCAUAAAAGUACCACGAUUAAAAAUGAAGAUUUGAUUUUUGCUUUUCAAAAAGAAAUUCCUAAAGUCUAGGUAAAGAAUGGAUUAUAGCAAGACCCUCAGACUGAAUGGAGGAAACUGAGCGAAGUGGAUGAAGAAAAAGCAAGGCUUUAAAGGACACAGUGAAACCUGGCUUGCUUCAUAGCUCUCUGUAGCUGUAAACUAGAACUAGAAGGACAAAUAAUUGAACCUGUUGGAAACAUUGCUCUUUGAGCAAAGACAUCAUAUUGAUACCGGAAUUUCACUCUUCAGUAGGUCCUUGGUCUCAGGGAUUCGAAGAAUGAACCCACGGACCACAGAUUAGUGGUAAGAUUAGGACUUUUAUUAGAAGUUAGAAAGGAAUACAGAAAAGCACUAGAGCUUAUGAAAUGGGGAAAGAACUGAAGAACUCUCUCUAGAGUCUCCAUGUGGGCUCUUUUAUGUAGGGGUCUUAAGUCUAGAGGAUUACACAUGAUCAGCAGUUGGUAGAUGGAAAAACAUCUCUUAAAAGUUAGUGCAUUAACGAAUGAAUGUAGUUCCUCCUUCACUAGGGCGAGGUUGUCAGGUCCUUUACAGUCUUUGUCCCUGAGAAAGGAUUAGGGUGUGUACUCCUACCCAAGGUGGAACCACCCAAAAAACCAUCACAGGCUGCUUUGUUCAUGAUCUUAUCAGAGUCUAGAGGAUGUGUCCCGAAAAAGGCAGUCUGCUUGUGCCUGGAAAUGGGGGUCUGACUUCUGAGCUCAACUGGGCCUAGAGAAUGGGGGAGCACCCUGUCUAGCCCUGAGUGGUGGAAUCCUGUAUCAAUAUGAUUCUUUUUUUUUUUUUUUUUUUAGAGACAAAAGUUUCACUUCGUUGCCCUUGGUAGAGUGCUGUUGCGUCAGAGCUCACAGCAACCUCCAACUCCUGGGCUUAGGUGAUUCUCUUGUUUCAGCUUCCCAAGUAGCUAAGACUACAGGCACCUGCCUCAAGGCCCGGCUAUUUUUUUAUUGCAGUUUGGCCAGGGCCGGGUUCGAACCCACCACCCUCGGUACAUGGGACCGGCUACCCACUGAGCCACAGGUGCUGCCCCAACAUCGUAUGAUUCUAAGCCACAAAGAAUAUUACCCUUCCAGCUGCAAACCAAAGACAUUCUCUGUAUAUAUGGAAGGUUGGAUGUGGUGGCUUGGGCCUGUAAUCCUAGCUAUGUAGGAGGGUCAAUUGAGGCCAGGAGUUUGAGAAGAACCUGGGCAACAUAGCAAGACCUCGUCUCUAAAAUAACAAAUAAAUAAAUAGAAUUA